AUGGCUGCUGCGAAUCCAGCACAACAGCUCCUAGGUGAACUGACUUGUUCAGUGUGUCUAGAUUAUUUUAAAGAUCCAGUGUGUCUGGACUGUGGCCACCAUUUCUGCCAGGCCUGCAUCACUCAGCGCUGGGAGGCAUUGAGUACAAACUUCCACUGUCCUGAGUGCAGAGAAACCUUCUCCCAGAGAAACUUCAAACCAAACAGACAGCUAAGGAAUAUUGUAGAAGCUUCCAGAAUGUUUACACUGGAGCCAACAAAAGAACCAGAAGUUGGGACAGUGUGUGAAAAACACAACGAGGAUUUAAAAGUCAUCUGCCAAAAGGAUCAAAUACCCAUUUGCUCCGGUUGCCACCUGUCCCGAGAUCACAGAGAACACUCUGCGGUUCCCAAAGAGGAAGGUGCUGAGGAUUACAAGGACCAAAUUCGGAGCCGUUUGGAGAUUCUGAAGAAAGAGAGAGACGAGAUUUUGUCAUUUAAAUUGAGUGGGGAAAAUAAAAGCCAGGAACUGCUGAAACAGCUAGAAACUGAGAAGCAGAAGAUUGUGUCUGAAUUUCAGCGAUUGCGCCAGUUUCUGGAGGAACAAGAGCAACUCCUCCUGGCCCAGUUGGAAGAGCUGAAUAAGGAAAUUGAAAAGAGGAGGGCUGAGUAUGUUGCCAAAUUAUCUGAGGAAAUAUCAUCUUUCAAUUACCUGAUCAGUGAGAUGGAGCAGAAGUGCCAGCAGACUGCAAGUGAAUUCCUGCAGGACAUCAAAGGCACCUUGAGCAAAUGUGAGAGGGAGAAGUUUCAGAACCCAGUGGCCUUUUCUUCGGACCUGAAAUGGAGAAGCUGGGAAUCUUCUCAAAGAACUGCGUCUCUGGAGACCAUAAUGAAGAAAUUCAAAGACUCUCUGUCGUCUAGACAGCGGUUGGACAAAGUGAACGUGACUCUGGAUCCAGACACGGCCCAUCCCCAACUCAUCGUGUCUGCUGAUCGGAAAAGUGUGAGAAGGGGAGACACGUGGCAGGAUCUGCCCAACAACCCUGGGAGAUUUGACACUGAGCUCUGUGUGCUGGGCUGUGAGGGAUUCACCUCGGGCCGACAUUACUGGGAGAUAGAGCUAAAGGAAGGCGAAGUCUGUAUUGUGGGGGUGGUCAGAGAGUCUGUGAGCAGGAAGGGAGAUAUCGAUUUUAACCCUGAGCGGGGGAUCUGGGCUGUGCUGUGCAGUGAGGAUCGGUACUGGGCUCUCACGUCCCCUGAUGAUCUCACCCCCUUCUCCCCGAGCCGGGGACCCCGCAGGAUCCGGGUUUAUCUGGACUAUGAAGAGGGGCGGGUGGCGUUUUUCGAUGCUGGCAACGGGGACCCGAUCGUCACUUUCCCGCCGGCCUCUUUCGCCGGGGAGAGAAUCCGCCCGCUCUUCUCUGGUCCGUUGCUUUUCAUUUCCUUUUCCUCUCUCCUGGGACAAUGCGCUUAG